AUAGUCUAAAUAGACCAGGAUGCAAGCCUGGGCAAGUUUUUUUUUAUGGAAGACUGGCAGUUGCCCAAGCUGCAAGUCUCCCCUCUCUAUGCCACCAAUGUUGUCCAAGGGAAGGACCCAUACAGAGCAAUGUGUGGUUAAGUGCCACACGCAAGCCUCAGCCAAGGCUCGAGCUAGUGACCUUCAGAUAAUUAGAUGAACGCCUUAACCACUUGGCCACGCGCCAACACUCUGCAGCGUACUCUCCUCAACAUUGCUGUUGUGUAUGUCCUGCUGCUGAGGUAUAUCCGAGGAUGUGCUGGGACACAUCAUCAGUGGGGUCAUCGGGUAUUUUGUGUCUUUCAACAUCAGGUGACCGAGCCAGGGCUGAUCAGGCCCCGGUUUGCGUCCCAGCAGCAUUGGUCCAUGGGUCACUCUUGCUGUUUCUAAAACAUUGAGUGGGUCUCUUCAGGCUCCUGUGCUACGUCCUUGAUGGUAGCAAUGAGGAGAGCGCCAGUUAUCGACGCCAUUUGUGCAUGAUUAGGCCACUCGGCCCAUCAAAUCUGCUCUGCCAUUCCAUCAUGGCUGAUUUAUUAACCCUCUCCUAAGCUUAUCCAGGCUCUGUAGCUCAUUAAUUCAAAGUACAUUUAUUAUCAAAGUAUGUAGAAACUAUACAACCUUGAGAUUCGUCUGGUUCCUGGCAGCCAGUAAACAAGAAACCCGAAAGAACCAACUUAAGAAAGACCAACACCUGAUACACAGAGGCGGAGGGAAAAAAAACACAAAUGGUGCAGACAUUAAAAGCAGGAGGACUUGGAGCAGCUGGAGUAGGCCCAUAGCCUCAGUAAAUCGCAGCUGAGAUUGCAGAUAUGGAGCCUGAGCAGACUCAGCGCCACAGAGAGAGGAGUAAACGUCAUGGAAGAGCGAGCAGAAUCGGCCCGACCCUCGCCCUCCGUCCAGACACCCUGCCUUUUCAGUUUAUCUGUCUGCCGGUGUUUAAAUUGUCUACAUACCGGGCCGCUCCCGACCUUUCUGAAUAGUCUCGGUGUUUAGGUGGAUCUGACUUUGCUCCAGGUUUAGGUGGACGGGCUCCUCCAACUCCGACUCCAGCUGGCCUCGAGUUUGCUCCGACCACUUCUGCAUUGCACCCGCACACCUCAACCUGGAGUUGUCUUCGCCUUUGCUCGCCUCUUCAUUGUUUGCAGUGACAGCUUACCACAAUUUGCCACAGAGAAAGUGCUGUUAAUAUUGAAAGAUUAUUUGGACAGGUCAGAGCGGAGCACUUUCCAAUGAGAUGGAAAUACUGAAGGAGGCGGAAGUGCUGCCGGAGGACGAGCCGGGAUCCUCGGGAGACGGCAACGUGGCGCGGCCGGCCCCCAGCUCCCAGCCGGACGACUGCUUCCAGUGCUUCGUGUGCGGCAAGGGCUUCCGAUGGGCCUGCCUUCUGAAGCGGCACCUGCGGGUGCACACCGGCGAGAAGCCCUUCGAGUGCACAGUGUGCAAGCGCUGCUUCAGCAAGUCCAGUAACCUGACGCGGCACCGGCGGUUCCACACCGGCGAGAAGCCCUUCGAGUGCGGCGUGUGCGGCAAGCGCUUCUCCACCUGCAACGACCUGCGGGUCCACCAGCGGAUCCACACCGGGGAGAAGCCCUUCGAGUGCGCCGUCUGCCAGAAGCGCUUCUACACGUCCGGCCACCUGAUCCGCCACCAGAGGACUCACAGCGGCUAAAGGGAGAGCGCUGUCUGCCGUCCCAGCCAGCCCGUUUUUACUGGGGGAAGCGGGGGUGAGCUGAUUGAACAGCGCCAGCUGAGACUCCCUCACCGGUCAAGCGAGCCCCCUCGAUCCCAGGGUGGGGUGCCACUGGUGGCGGCGGGAGCUCAACGCUUCCGUAACACUCUCAACACCCAUGACAAGGGGCGCCCCAAAGCGGUGAUUGGCCGCCCGUUACCUUGUGGCUUGAUCCACCUGUCCAAUCCUCGCGGGAGUACCCAAUGGGCAGAUAGUUUGAUAAAGGGCAGCUGAAAACAUGGACACUAGAGUGAGGUGCGUCUGGGUCGCGAGAGACUUCUUCAGUUGGGACAAAUUAGUCACAUGACAGGCAUGGGCCAAGCCUGCGGCAGAAGACUGGGCGUACGCCAUUUCGAACUGAGCAAACCCAGUUUGUGUUACUGGCCCCCCCACCUCUGCCCACCCAGGCUGCUCCAAGUACAUUCUGUCCAAGUUUUUGAGUUGCCAGAGAUCUGGUACAACACUCGUAACCUCAAGCUGCUCCAAGUACAUUUCGUCACAUAUUUUAGUCGGAGAUUGGGUAACUUCAGCUCUUCUGGACUAUUUUGCUGAAUUUCUUUCUGUCUGACUUGAGUCACUUCCUCCUCCCGUCUCCGGGUCUGGUACAAAAUUCAGCCGCCCUUGAUUUGCGCUUCCCACUUGGUCCCUGGAGCCUCUUUGAACGGGGAGUGAAUGCGCUAUGGGAACUUAAUAGACGGUCGCGGCUGUGUGGUAACUGGUGACCACACCGUUGGGUCCGCCCCACUGCAGGGUUUCGGUCCGAAGCGAUGACGGUUCCUUCCCCCUCCCCACACAGACUCUGACUUGCUGAGAGCGUCCUGCAGAUAGCGUGUCCUCAUCCUGCUCAGUGCGGUGAGGGCUUUUGCCGUAGCCACCUUUGUAAACGGCUUGUUUCAGGCCUCCCAGAACCCACCGGGUACCAGAAAAAGGGGAUUUUCCACAGACUAGGGCAACGUGGCGGUGUAGCGGCUAGAGCAAUGAUCUGCGGUACCAGCGACCCAGGUUCAAUUCCCGCCACUGGCUGUAAAGAGUUUGUACGUUCUCCACGUGACUUCGAGGGUUUCCUCCCACAUUCCACGGAUAUACGUGCUUGUAGGUUAAUUGGUGACAUAGACGUAUCUAAGUGGCUCAGGCCUGAGAGGGCCUGUUACCAGGCUCUAUCUCUAAAAAAAGACCACAAAAACAGGAGCCAAAUUAAAUAGAUGAGAAUAUUUACUAUGGAGUUAGGAUGUUAUGCUGAAGUUGUAUGAGAUGUUGGUAUUGUGUGCAACUUUGGUCGCCUACUUACAAGUAAAUAAGAUUGAAAGGGUACCGAGGAAAUUUACAAUGACGUUGCCAGGACUGGAGGACCUGGGUUAUAAGGAAAGAUUGAAUAGGAGGAACUUCAUUCCCUAGAAUGUAGAAGAUUGAGGGGAGAUUUGUUAGAGGUAGACAAAGUAAUGAGGGGUAUAGAUAGGGUAAAUGCAAGCAGGUUCUUUUCCACUGGGGUUGGGUGAAACUACGGCUAGAGGUCAUGGGUUAAGGAUGAAAGGUGAAACGUUGAAGGGGAACGUGAGAGGAAACUUCUUCACUCAGAGGGUGGUGAGAGUGCGGAAUGAGCUGCCAGCGCAAGUGGUUGAAGAUGUUGAAGAGAAGUUUGGAUAGGUACAUGCGUUGGAGGGGUAUGGACUGGGUGCAGGUCGAUGGGGCGAGGCUGUUAAUGUGAUUCAGCCUAGGUACACAGAAGGGCUUAUUUCUGUGCUGUGAUUGUCUAUGACUGAUUAGGCCAUUCAGCCCAUCGAGUUUGCUCGGUCUUCGAUUAUGGUUUUUUCCCUCCUCCUCCUCCUCAUAACCUUUAACCUCCUUACCAAUCAAGGACCUACUGGUCUCUGUCUAAGCACACACAGUGACUUGACCUCCAUAACUGUCUGUGGCAAUGAAUUCCACAGACUCAGGUUGAGGAAAUUCCUGCUCACCUCAUUUUACAGUGGCUUUAUUCUGAGGCUGUGCCCUCAGCUCCUUGUGUCUUCUGCUAAUGAUCCUUCUCCACGUCUGCUCUGUCCAGGCCUUACAGUACCUGGUAGUUUUCAAUUAGAUCCCCCCACCCUUCAUCCUUCUGAACUCCCUUGAGUGCGGACCCAAAUAUAUCAAACACUCCUUGUACAUUAAGCCUUUUGUCCCCGAGAUGGUUAUUGUGCACCUCCUCUGGACCCUCUCCGGUGCCAGUACUUUUUCCCUCUAACUCAGUUACUUAAGUAGCUUUGAAGGGUAUUGAUAAUGGCUGGGGUCACCCCUCUUGUAAAGACUGUCCAGAGGAAGUCAAUGGCGAACCACCUCUGUAGAAAAAUUUGCCAAGAACGGUCAUGGCCAGGGAAAGACCAUGAUGUGGCACAUAUUGAACGAGGGAACAGCGAGGGAUUUUACUCUUUGGCACAAAACAGGACGAGCGGUGACUUGAUAGAGCAAUAACAGUUGAUAAGAGGCAUAGAUGGAGUGGACAGUCAGAGACUUGUUCCCAGGACAGAAAUGGCUAAUAUGAGGAAGGAAAAUUGUAAGGUGAUUGGAGGAAAGUAUAUGGCGUCGGAGGUAGGAGUAGCGGGUCUGUUGAACACACUGCCAGGAGUGGUAGUAGAAGCAGAUUAAUGAGCAUUUAAGAGACCCUUCAAGGGGCACAUGAGUGAUAGAAAAUAUUUCCUAUCAAAGUGUGUGUGCAAUUUACAACUCUGAGAUCUGUCUUCUCCAGAUAGCCACAGAACAAAGAAAACCAUGUAGGGCCAAGUGGGAGAGAAGGGUUAGAUUGAUAUUGGAGUAGGUUGAAGGGUCGGCAGACAUUGUGGGCUGAAGGGUCUGUACUGCUCUAUAUUUUAAUCUACGCUCUCUGGUGUUUUAUCGUCCACGUGUGAGGGAAUUGUUCCUUCCUGGUCAACCUGGUAAGGUGUUAAUACCUCAGUGGUCUCCUUUCACCCUUCUCAGUCCCAAGGUAAUACCCCAAGCCUAUCUAAUAGACCACUAAGAGAUACUCAGUGGGUCAGGCAGCACCUGAGGAGGGAAGUGGACAGUAGACCAGCAGUAUAUUUAUUGAGAUACAGCAUGGAAUAGGCCCUUUCGACCCUGAUUUAAUCCUACUGAAAUCAUGGGAAAAUUUACAAUUAACCUACCAACCUGAACAUCUUUGGAUUGUGGGAGGAAACCAGAGCACCCCGAGGAAACCCACAUGCUCACGGGGAGAAUGUACUAACUCUUUACAGGUAGUGAUGGGAAUUGAACCCCUAUCGCCGGUACUGUAAAGCGAUGUGCUAACCACUAUGCUACCAGGCUGCCCCUUUCUGUGCUCCAGAUUCCAGCGCCCGCGGCCCCUGAUCGCCCGAUCUAUUCUCGUCUCAGAGUUUCAGGCCCAGGCACCACCUUAAAACUCGUCCACACCCUGCCUCCAGUGAAGUCUUGUCACCCCUGUCGUGAAUAGGCUUGCAAGCAUUAGAACAGCGAAUUGGUGUGUACGUGUUGCAAGUGCAAUCUCUGCCAGUGCCUAGAGGUGGCAGUAUUGUAAGGCAGUUAAAUAUCCCGUAUGACUUUUCAACCACUUAGUCUCCUGACCUGCCAACGACACAGAACUUUUUUUCUUUCACACUUUCCAUCUGAGUAGCUUCCAACCUGAUGGCAUGAACAUUGAUUUCAUCCUACUUCUGGUAAUUUUUGCACACCCCAUCCCCCAUCUCUCGAUCUAUUCCCCAUUCUAGCUUCCCUCUCAGCCCGUCUCAACUGCCCGUCACCUCACUCUGGUUCACCUCGUCCUUCCUUUACUCCUUUGUUCUCCUUUUUCAGCCCUUUACCUCUUCCACUGAUCACCUCCCAGCUUCUCACAUCCACUAGGCUUUUUCCAUUGAGGUUGGGUGGUACUAAAGCUAGAGACAAUAGACAAUAGGUGCAAGAGCAGGCCAUUCGGCCCCUCGAGCGAGUGCCACUAUUCACUGUGAUGAUGGCUGAUCAUCCACAAUCUGUACGCUGUUCCUUCCUUCUCCCCAUAUCCCUUGACUCUGCUAUCUUUAAGAGCUCUAUCUAACUCUUUCUUGAAAGCAUCCAGAGAAUUGAACUCCACUGCCUUCUGAGGCGGAGCAUUCCACAGAUUCACAACUCCCUGGGUGAAAAAGAUCAUGGCUUAAGGGUGAAAGGGGAAACUUCCUCACUCAGAGGGUCCGGAGAGUCUGGCGUGAGCUGCCAGCACAAGUAGGGCAUGCAAGCUUGAUUUCAACACUUAAGUUUGGAUAGGUACACAAGGGGUAUGGAAGACUAUGAUCCAGGUGCAGAUCGAUGGGAGUAGGCAGUUUAAAUAGUUCAGCAUGGACUAGAUAUUCCUGUACUGUACUACAUGGGUUUCCUCCUGUAGUCCAAGUAUGUACCAGUUAGUAGGUUAAAGACACUGACGUAUCUUCCCCUCACUCUUCACCUCACCCCCCCCCACCUUACUCUGGUUUCUCCCUCCUCCCUUGUCAAUCUUGAUGAGGGGUCUCGGUCCGAAGCAUCUCCUCCAUAGAUGCUGCCUGACCUGCUGAAUUCCUCUAGCGUUUUGUAUGUGUUAGUCUGGGUUUUCAGUAUUUGUAUAAUCAUGGGACAAUUUGCAAUGACCAAUUAACCUACCGACGCAUACGUCUUUUUGGACUGACGAAGGAAACCCAUGUGGUCAUAGGGAAACCAUUCAAACUCCUUACAGGCAGCAGCGGGAAUUGAACCCGGGUCGCCUGUACUGUAAAGUUUUGAGCUAACCUCUAUGCUCCCAUGCCACCCUUUUAUGUGGGGAGAUUGGAGAAACAACAUGCUUUCUCUUGAGCAAAAGUGGCUGUGACCUUUCAGAAAACUGCAUUGACUGGUUAUUCAGUUCCAUAGCUGCAGCUUAACCUGUCAAGUCUCUCUCUAGUGUUUCGUGUGUGUGGCUCUGGAUUUCCGGCAUCUGCAGAAUCUCGUUGUGUUUAUGAUUUUCCGAUCAGUCUGGUUUAUACUUUCCCUGUUGUGUCUCCCCACAAAGCCCAUGUUGGCCGGCUUUGCCCUGAAUGAAAUGCAUCUUGCCGCAUCAUUUCUGCCCAGUUAUCCAUCGUACUUCUGUCAGCAGUGUCAACUUCAUGCCCAGUGGCUGUGUCAUCUAUAAACAUUAAUGGCUGCUCAGCACAGACUCUUGUCAGUCAAAUACUUGUUGCGUCCAUUGAAUAGAACACUACAUCACUGAACUUCAGGGACUUCAGACCAGCUACCCUGUUUCCACCUGUUUUUCCUGCCUAUUCCCGUCUACUUGUGCCCAGACAGUAUCCUUCCCAUUGAUUUCCCUGUCCAUACUUCUCUAAGUGUUGCAAUCAAGUCCACGUCCACCACUCCUGCUGGCAGCUCAUUCCGCUCUCGCACCACCCUCUGAGUGAAGAAGUUCCCCCUCAGGUUCCCCUUAAAUAUUUCAACAUUCACCCAUAAUAUGUGACCUCUAGUUCUAGUCUUACCCAACCUGGAUGCAAAAAGCCUGCUGGUCUUCACCCUGUCUAUACUUGUUAUAGUUUUGUAUGCUCUGUCAAACCUCCCCUUAUCCUCCUCCAUUCCAGGGAAUAAAGUACUAAGCUAGAGUCAUAGAAUACAGCACAACCCAUGCCCUAAAUUUAUAUAUGAAAAGAGAUAUCUAUUCAACCUUUUCCUAAAACUCAGAUACUCAAGGCCCGGCAAUCCCUUGUAAAUUAUCUCUGUGCUCUUUCAUCUCAUUGAUAUUUUCCCUGUAGGGAAUAGGUGACCAGAACUGCAUACGAUACUCUAAAUUUGGCCUCUUACUUAAUUGCCCAUUGCGCCACUGGCUGUUAGGACAACCGUGAAGGUCCUUCAUCUGUCUGUCCGCGGCUGCUCAGAUGUAGAGGGAUUCUUCACGGCUGUUUCCGUAACAGGUUUGUUUGACCAGUCAGGGUUGUCAGCUUUGAGCUGAGCUGGUGGACCACUCUUAGUCUAGUCUCUACCCUUUGACCUGUUGGCAUGGAUGACCCUACGAAGAGCCAAGGCAUAAAGCCCUGAUUCUGACCAGCAUAGCUCUUUGAGUCAUUGAGGCACGCAAGCCUCCCAACCAUGGUUGUGGUCCUCCUGGAGGAAAUUUGGUCUUCUUAACAUCUUAACUUCAAGAAGACAUGCAAACUCCUGUAACUUCAAUAGCACUUGCUAUUCUUUCUGGAACUCAUGGCCUUUAUGCCUCUGGACCUCAUGGACUUUGUCAAGGAGAAAGCUACAUCAAAUGCACUGCUCUCAUUUGCUUGGAAUCCAAUCAGGUCGGUUAGCCCUGACCUUCCCUUGUAUGUACUGAUCCUAAUUUAAUCUUGCAUCUUUAAAUCAGUUAGGGUGGAUACAAUCAACUUGAAACACAGAGUCAGUGCACGAGUGGAGCUUUUGUACUUCACCGUUGAAUGUAAUCGUGGCUGGUCCCAUCCCUCCUGCCUUCUCCAUCCCAUUAUCAUUCAACAAAGAUGACUACAGCAAGAGAUGACUACAGGUCCUUCAGCCCACAGUGUUGUGGCACACUAAUUAAAGGCCAGACUGAAUUAAUCCCUUCAGCCUGCAUGACAUGUAUAUCCCUCCAUUCUCAGUGGGUGGCAUGGUAGUGUCGCGGCUGGUGCAGUGACUUUACUGUGCCAGCGAUCACCGAUUGGGGUUCGAUUCCUGCUGCUCUCUGUAAGGAUUUUGUAUGUUCUCCUCGUGACUGUGUGGGUUUCCUCCCACGUGCUUAAAGACUUUGCGGUUGGUCAUUUGUGGGCAUGCUACGUUGGAGCUGAACGUGUGGCGACAUCCUAGGACUGUGGUAAUUGUUGAUGCAACAAAAAAAAACUGCAUUUCACUGUAUGUUUCGAUGUACAUUUGACAAAUAAAGCAAAUCUGUAAUCCA